AUGAAGGGAGCAGGUGUGCGGUGUAAAAUAAAUGGCACAGCCAAUGAUGAUUCAGUGCUUCAUCCGGAGAUGUGGUGGGGACAUCACUUUACAGAGCAAGAAGUGUCUCCCACGAAGUAUGUUUAUAACUAUUCACAACUUGAUGAAAAUCAUCAGAGAACUCCAAUGUGUCGUAUUGCAGAGCUCGCUCGCUACAAUAAAAUCAGGCAUGAGUACAAACUCAUGGAUGAAAGUGGACCAGCUCACAAAAAACAGUUUACCGUUUCACUUGUACUUACCCCAGAUCAGGUAUUUUACGGCAAGGGAGCGUCCAUCAAGAAAGCUCAGCAAUCAGCCGCUGAAAUUGCCCUGAAAGAAACUAUUUUACCUAAGCCACCUGAUAAGGUCCCUUCAAAAAAAAUCAAAAGUGAUUUUCAAAAUCCGAUAGUCCUACUCAGGUAUGUCGCAGGACGACUUGGAGUUGAGAUUAAAUUCAUUGACGAAGUAGCACCGAUAUGCUCAACACCACAUCCGAUAAACCGUUUGCCAAUGCAGUUGGUUAUCAAUUAUGACAGUUACUCUGAAAUCAGUUGCAGGCCACUAAUAAGGACUCCUUUCAUCCCAGUGAUUAACGAACAGUUCUUGGUUCUUCCACCACCCAAAUUGGUAUUUGGACAACCACGUAUUCCUGCAGCACUGCAACCAGUAGUUAUUAUGCAACCACCAAGUGCAAUGAUACCCCAGCGAUUCUCAUUCUUUCACCGUUAUCGAUCCCAUUCACAACUUCAUGAAGUUCGUCUGAUACUAAGUAAGGAUUUCCCAGAGUUUAUUGGAAAGGGAAUGACAAAGAAGAGGGCCAAAAACAGCGCUGCUAAUGAGGCUCUUUCUUAUCUAGGACCUUAUUUGGCUACAUUGGAAGCACAGACAAAAAGCAAAAUAAUGAGUGGGUCAAAGAACGCGGCAGAAUUAACUACAGUUGAAAUCGAAGACAUCAGAAAAGAUAAUUUAAAAUCAGUUACCACAACAGCGCGAAAUGGGAAACCGAAGUCUUCUAUCUCUCAAAUACAUGAAUGUGCUCUACAUAUGCGCAUGAAUGUCGAGUUUUUGAUUUUGAAAGAAGAAGGACCAGCCCACGACAGACACUACAUAUUACGUUGCAAACUUAUUUCUGCAGAGCGGAUUAUCUCUGCAGAUGGUGAAGGAAGUAGUAAGAAAAUUGCGAAGCAGAACGCUUGCUCUUUGAUGCUAACUAAAUUACAAUCUGUUGAAUCCUCUCCGAUUUUCAUUGCGGCUUCAAUGUUGAAAUCGCAGAAGAAAUUCGGGGCGCCAAAAGAACUUAAACGGAAGACGAUUAGCAAGGAUAUGAAAAUGAAUCCGGAAUAUGGUCAUCAAAUUAACCCAAUCAGUCGUCUGAUGCAGGUUAUGCAAACCCGGAAGCAAAAUGAGCCAAAAUUUCAACUUGUUGCUGAGCGCGGACAAAGUCGUUAUAAAGAAUUUGUGAUGGAGGUAAUCUGUGAUGAUGGUCUUCGCUGCGAAGGUAUCGGGCCCAAUAAAAAGCUUGCAAAACGAGCUGCAGCUGAAGCAGUGUUGGCAAAGAUCGGAUAUGUAAAGCCUAUGCCGAAACCUGGAAAAAGCCUUCUCAAGAAAAAACCCGAAGAGUAUAUUCAGCGAUCACAUAUUGGUAUGUUCGAACUUGAAAAAGAGGAGAAAUUAGUGCGACAGCUGAAUGAAGAGAAAGAUAAAACUGAAGAUGUUGAGAAGGUCUCAGAAGUUACUUUAUCUGUGACUGCGUCGAUGGGAUCACAAGUGAUGGCUUUCGCCGACGUUGACAGGGCUUUAUGUGUCGAUGAACAAAAAGAUAUCUGGGGUAGCAUCGCCACUGAAACUAAGAGUAUUAGUGGUAAAGAAAAUGGCGAUGCAAAACGGCAUGCUUCUCAGCCAAAGCGUCGUGUUACUUUCAGUAAUGAAGUUAGUGCAUGCCCGCCACCCGAUGACAGCAGUUACCCUUCGGCUCUGAUAAUACCGUUGAAACCGGAAGUAGUUGUUGUCAACAAGCUUCGCAAAAAAGGUCGUGAUUCGAAAAAAUGGCUCACCGAGAUCGAGAAGAAGGAAAUUACUGAAAUGGCUCAAGAAUUCUUCAAGUGUUCUGACAUCGUUCAACCACUGAAAAUGGAGAAAAAAAUGGAAGGUGACGGUAUUCUGUUAGUGGGUCGCCAGAUAGAGCAACUGACCUUGAAUGAGAUGUCAUCAUCCAUUGCAUAUUCGGCUGCUAGACGUCAUCUUGAAUCUAUAGCCGAACGUUACAAAUUCUCUGUCAAUUAUACCGAUUUUCCCGUGACUCCGAAUGGGAUUGGAGAUCAAUAUUUUUCACUUAUUUCAAUUGGAAUCGAUAAACCUGUAGUAUGUCACGGAAGUGGAAGUACCGAAGAGGCUGCUCAUGAAGAUGCUGCUCGUAAUGCCUUAUUGCUUUUUUGCAAAGUUUGGAUGGUGUAUUAG